CCCACCGACAGAAAAAUUUCGGGUCGCUUGAACAAUAAGCGACCAUUUUGCAAUGGGGUGAUACGUAAUAAACCUAUUGCACUAUUCCCGGAUUUCUUUUCUGGAACAAACGCAAACUACAAGGUUGGUAAAAUCUGCUUCUAUAUCUGUCAAAAAAACUCUAGUAUGGCCGCGAAAAAAGUGCCAUGACUCUAUCUGAAAGCCGGACGGGGUGAUUUUUCUGCACAUGCCACAACAAAUCCUGAUUUUUCGGUAAAUUUCCCUUAAAAAGAGUUGGUUUUACUCUGAACUUUGCCUUUAUCCUGAAAAUGGACCUCGAACUGAAAAAGGCGUUCACGGAGAUGCAGGUGAACAAGAUCGAGUCUACGAAGAAGAUACGCCUACUUGACUUGAAAACGGAUAGCUUGAAGCUAUCGAAACAGCGUGUCGAAGUUACUAACAAGCACGUUUCCACGCUAGCUCCGGAUACUAAGGUGUACUCUUCCGUCGGAAGAAUGUACGUGUUAAGUGAUGUACCAUCGCUGGUCGAACAAAUGAAAAGCAAGCAAACAUCUUUCGAAGAAAUGAUUGCCCAGUGUGAGAAGAACAAAGACUUUCUCAUAAAAAAUCUCAAGGAGCAGGAAGAAAGUCUUCGAGAACUGGUGCAACAAAAGAAGGCAGAAACCGAAACCAAUGGAAAGGGAGUUGAAUGAACAAUGGAAUAAACAAGACCACUCUAAGAAGGAAGAUUUUUUUUAAUAA